GAGGCCCCUUCAAAACAACUUACGGUACUGGGAAGUCUUCUGCGGUGAGGCAGACCACGCAGGAUGAGCGGCGGCCGAGUGCCAUCCCGGUCGGAGGUCGUGGAGUGGAGCCCUCAGCAGCUCGCCGACCACUUGAGGAAGAUGAAUCUGACCGACUGUGACAGAACUGUGUUGAAGAACUCCAUCAAUGGGAAGCGAUUUGUGAACCUGAGUGACAACGACCUGCAGAAAUUCCCCAAACUUCUGACCCCGAUUAUUUCGAAGCUGAGUGCUGACAUCAGCAAGAAGGAAGAAAAACGAAGCCUCUUUUGUAAAAAAAGCAUGACACCUAAAUUUCAUGAACCAGUUCGUGAUGUUAAAGGUUCAGGUGACAAUCAUUCUGACGACGACGACGAUGCCAACGAUUACGAGAGUCCCAACAUCGGUAGCGAGGAGAGCAGCCACAGUGACUACGAACAACCCAACGACGACGCGGCCGAAGCGGAGCAUUACGAACUUCCACCCUCAGAACACUCGGAGGACUUGGCGCACAAGCUGCGCAGCGCUGUACACCACGGAGACAACAAAUACAUUGAUACCAGGGAUAAACGCACGUCAUCCAGAGGUCCGCCGACUGCUGUUUGCCCUCGACCACCUGUGGCAUCACGUCCUCCACCGUCGCCUCGGUUUCCGCAGCCAGUUGAGUCCGGUCAAGAUCACUCGCCACACUCUUGUAGAGGAGCAUCAGAGAAGUUGCUUCCAGGGCCGCCGCAGAUCUUCCGUCGCAACAAACCGGGCAGCAAUUCAUCUCCCAUUCGAGGUCCUCAUGUGGCAGAGAAGCCAGGCUUACCCUCUCGAAGGCCUCAGGCGGACGUCCCGGAUUGUCUGACCAGGUCCAAAACUCUCGCUCCGCCUCCUCCCUCCUCGGCCUCCAUCGGCAGGAGCAACUCCUCCGUCAGGCCGCCUCCUCCGCCCAGCAGGAUUGAUGGCAUAAGGGAGCAUACACACAAUGAUGCACCCAAACCCAGCACGUUCUCCCUCCUCCAUAAGGCUCUGCCCCUUUGCCCGACACCCCACACCCGCCAUGGAGACAGUUUGCCUCCUGGCGCCACUUCCGUCAGGCCACUGCCUCUCAAUGUCUCUUCUGCUCCCGAUGUUCAAGGCUGGGAUGAUGACGAGUUUGAUGACGAAGAUGCUGAUUACGAGAAUCCAAACAGCAGCGGCGAGGACAGCGGCAAGGGCGCCGAUGACGACGACGCGUCAAACGACACGGACUGGGCCGACAAUUACGAACCGCCUCCUACGGAACCCUCGGAGGCGCUAACUCACAGGCUGUACCCCGCCCUGCCCAGCGGUGAUGCCGAUUACAUCGAUAACAUUGCUAAACAUGUGUCCUCGAGAGGCCUGCCACCGCCAGUCAGUCUUCGCCCGCCGGUCUCUUCGCUUCCACCUCUGUCGCCCCGCUUAUUGGGUGAGUCAUUGUCCGGUCGAGAUCACUCACCGCACUGUGCCGGACAACCACUUCCAGGGAAACUGCUUCCUGGGCCACCGCAGAUUUUCCGUUGCAACAAACCAGGUCGCAAUUCGUCUCCCAUUCGAGGUCACAACACAGAAGAGAGGCCACUUGCACACUCUCGAAGGCCUCAGGUGGACGACCCGGAUCCCCCCGCCAGGUCCAAACCUCCUGGGUCCGCUCCUUGUUCGUCGGCCUCCGUCGACAGGAGCAACUCCUCCGUCGGGCCUUCUCCUCCCAGCAGGUUUGACGGAAUGAGGGAGCAAAUACCCAGUGAUGGUGAGAAACUUCCAUUCAAUCAUCAAGACUUUUUAUUAACGGCCAAACGCAACACCUUUCCCCUUCAUAACAAUCUGGCCCCUCGGCCAGCACCCCAUGGUCGCCAUGGAGACAGUUUGCCUCCUUGUACUACUUCUGUCAGUUCACUGCCGCUUAACAUUCAUCCUGCCCAUGCGGAUAACAGGAGCAACUUUGCUGGAUCAGACCGCUUUCGUCCUCCACCACAAAAAUCUCCAUCCAAACAGGGAAUGGAUCCUCGCUGGUAUGUUGGUAAAGUGACCAGGGGUCAAGCAGAAGGGUACUUGAAACAAGUCAGCAAGGACGGGGCGUACCUAGUGCGCGACAGCUCCCGCCAGCACUCCAACCAGCCGUACACACUUAUGGUCCUCCACCAGAACAAAGUUUACAACAUCCAGAUCCGCCAUGAGGACAAGCAGUUCCAACUCGGAACCGGACUCAAGGCCCAAGAGUCCUUUCCCUCAGUGUGUGAUAUGAUCAAAUACCACUCCCAGUGUCAUCUGCUCCUCAUCGACGCCAAGAAGCGCUGUUUGGGCCAGCAGAACCAGUGUCUGCUGUCAGAGCCAGCAGGGAUUUACAUGACUGGAUCCCACUGAGACCUUACAAUAUUGGAGUAAAACAGUUUAGACCCAUUCUGGUUCAAACUGGUUUAGUUGUUGUCCAUGUAGAUUUUUUUCCCUUGAAUUUGUUGCCCCCCUUUCAUCCAAGCGCUUAAGAGUCUCGAUUGGACAGUGGUGCCUUGACAUACGGGUGACUUGACCUUCGAGUUUUUCGAGAUACAAGACAUCAAUCGGCAGAUUUUUGUUUUUGCUCUGACUCGCGAGGGCAAACUUGUGAUACGAGCACUUCACAACAAGCGGCAGUUUGGCAGAUAUAAUCAGUAAAUAUUCAUCGAAAAAGGGGCUCCAAGCUGUUUAUUGCUAACAAUUAGCAUCAAAAUGUCAUGUGUUAUAACACCUGAUAGCGGAGCACAAACGCUGCAGCAACACAUGUAGACAGAUAAAACAACAAUACUCACUGGCAGAUAUUCUUUAUUCUCGGUGAAGAAUGACUAAUAUUACUGCCAUGUUUUUACAAAGUACAAUCGAGCGUGGUCAAGGAACAAAUUAAUCUCAUAUCUCAAAGGCACCAAUGGGUUUAAUUUUUUUUUGACAAAUGUAACAUUGUAAUUGCAGUUUUAAAACAAUUCAAAAACAUGAAUAAAAAAUGUUGUUGUAGUAGC